UUGCUGUGUUUCUUUGCAACUCAUUGUUCGCAUUCAUUAUCAAUAAACAUGGCUGAGCAGGCUGGAAACACUAUCAAAGGCUUCUUCUUGGGCUCGACUCCAAAGGCUAAAGAUGAAAGAAAGCUUGUGCAAAAAAUUGAUUUCUUUAUCCUGACUUUUUGUUGCUUCGCUUACUUCUUCAAUUUCCUCGACCGGGCCGCAUUUGCCAAUGCCUACGUUGCUGGAUUAAGAGAGGGCUUGAAAAUGAAGGGGCAAGAUUAUAACACCGUGUUGGCAGUCACCACCGCAGGCAUGGCUGUUGGUCAGAUCCCACACGGCCUCAUCAUCCAGAAAAUCCGCCCUAGUAUCUGGCUUCCGUCUAUGGUCACGGUCUGGGCCCUGUUGACGAUGGUCAGCGCUGCGGUCAAGACAUUUGAGCAACUCUGCGUUAUCCGGUUCUUCCUUGGUCUCGCUGAAGCAAGUACAUACUCUGGAGCCAUGUACAUCUUGGGAUCAUGGUACAAACCUCUGGAGAUCGGCAAGCGCACGGCAAUCUUCAGCGCCGCUGGUAUGGCAGGAACGAUGUUUGCUGGAGUCAUGAUGGUAGCUAUCUACAAGGGCAUGCACGGAAUGGGAAACCUAGCCGGCUGGCAAUGGGUGUUCAUCAUCGACGGAAUCAUCACGCUUCCUAUUGCCGUUUUCGGUUUCCUUUACUUCCCUGACAUCCCCGAAGUCACAAAAGUCAGCUACCUAAGCGAGAAGGAGAAAGAGAUAGCAGUCGCACGUCUACCGCCCAUCAAAGCAGGUGGACAUAGCAUUCAUCCUUGGUCACUAGCUAAGCGCGUGCUUUGCACCAAGCAAUUCUGGAUUCUCUUCUUCUGGUCCCCCGUCUGCGCCACCCUCGAAAUCUACAGCGUCCAGAACAACUUCCUGCUCUGGCUCAAAUACCAAUCCGCGAAUUUCACACAAUCACAGAUCAACACUUACCCACUGGGUGUUCAAGCCGUAGGUAUCGUAUCGAACAUGUUCGCGGCCUGGUACAUGGAUUUCACAGGCACGCGCAUUCCCAUGGCCAUCCUCGCGGUCAUACUGCAGCUUGUUGUUGCCACCAUGUUACUCGUUCCUACUCUGCCCUUCGCGGGUACCUUCUUCGCCUUUUACUUGUCGGGGACUGCGUAUAUGGUUCUUCCGCUGAUCUUUGGUUGGGCCAAUGUCAUUCUGCAACGCAGUGGUGACGACGCGGUUCGUAGCGUCACGCUUUACUGCAUGAAUAUUGGAUCGAUGGUUCUCUAUACUUUCUGGGGCAUUAUUCUUUACUCGGCAGAAGACGCGCCCUAUUGGAAGAAGGGCUCUAUUGCUAUGAUAGUCUGCUGUUUCGUUAUGUUGGGUUACAUGUGGUUGGUUUGGAAGCUUGACAAAGAAACACUUCAGAAAUAUGGUGAUCGUGCAAAAAAUGACCUUGAGUCGCCUUUGCCGGAGAAUGACGCAAAGGAGGAAGGGUUGAACACAGCCGUUAAAGAGGUGUCGCCAAAGUAAUUGUAGUCGAGCUUAUUAUUCAUACGAAUCGGUGACACGACAGUCCCCCGGAU